AAUGCGAUUGGUCGAAUCCUUACGGUUACGGGAAGUGUAUGCGAUUGGCUUUAAGACGCGCAACGCACUUCAUACGCCUGUGACGUAGUCACACGGGGCUAGCGUAACUAUUUCUCUCCACUCCGCUUUCCUCGCCUCGUACUGGAGAAAUUAUCGGCACUACAGUAGUUAAGUAUAACAAUACGCAUUAAUUAAACACUUUCUCAACACUCGAUUCGAAAUUGAUCUGUUUUGUAUCACAUUAAAACGAUCAAUAGUCGAAAAUGAUAUCGAUAAUUUCAUUCUGCGCGUGAUCUUAUACGUCCGAAAAUAUACAUACACACGAAUGCACAUACAUCAUUCGAUUAGGUUAAAUUCAAUAUUGCACGCAUGAUAUAUUUUGAACAAGUAUUAAGUAUAUAUAUUGCAUAUAUUAUCACUAAGUGUUGCUCGCGUAAGAAUUAAAUAACUCGUAAUUAAAUAACUUAUAAAUCCUGUCUAUCUAUGGCGUUGAUUCUUAUUUGUUCAUUUGUUGUAAAAAUUAGAUAAAAUAUGCUUCUCGAUAAUUAAUCAUUGUUUCGAUAUGCUUACGAAUCGUAUGUCAAUUGCAAAAAUUGAUUAGUAUUACGUGAAUUUAUAAUCUCUAAAAAAUAAUAGCAUUUAUAGGAAGAGUGAGCGAGAGCGAGAGAAAGAGAGAGAGAGAAAGAGAAAGAAAGAGAGGAAGCAAGGGCGACCGAAUGAGAGAGAGAAAGAGAAAGAGCGAGAGAGAAAGAUAAUACGUAGAGCGCUUCACGUCGUUCGCCGUACGUUGCGCAGUUCCUAGAAUGUCGCCGCGCUGGAAUGUAAACAAGGUUAAGUACGUAAACAUUGGCGCGUUACAAUUCUCUACAUAUAAAUAUAUUAAUUUCAUAAACAAUAGCGGCAUUAUAUAUCGCGAAAGCAAACGGCAAACAUCUCGUCUCGCAGUUUAGUUAUUGCUCGCACGAAAUAUUUAAGUAUUACAAAAUAUGUAUAUUGAAACAUUAUAUUCUCUCUAUAUUUUACUUUCAUCGCUAAUAAACAUUUGAUGUAUUACGUUUUUUUUUUUAUAACACUUGGAUCAUCACGUUUUGAAUCCAAAAAUGAUGUGCUUUAUAAAUUGACGAGAUAUUUAUCUCGCAAUGCAGAGAACGCGAAACGAUACGUGAAUUUGUCUAAUUGAGUGAAUUGAAAAGCGAAAUAUAUUAAUCGUUAAAUAAUAAUAGGUAUUAUAUUUCGUGGGACUUACUCGAAAUAUUUUGUGCGUGCAAUAUCGAACUUUGAUUGUAUAUUUUCGGACUAAUUGCGUCUUAAUUAGUGUCGUUAACUUAACCUAACCGCUGUGGCAGAAUAAAAUUACCGAUGUUAUUUUCGCGACUAUUGAUUAUUAAUCGAAUACAAAAUAUAUCAAUUCCAAAUCGAUCGUUACAAUAUAGUGUUUAAUUAAUGUAUUAUUGUAUCGUUACUUUUUGCGCGAAAUACGUGAUUAAUAUUGAAAGUGCCGACCAAUAUCGGAAGUGCAAAGUAUCGCGCGAUUGUUAUAUCAAUUAGUUGUUGCGCGGUCGUGUUUAUUUAUGUUUUCGCGAGUGAGUGCCAUAAAAAAGCAGCAAAGGAGAGGACUGCUCGGAGAGGCAUCGAAAGAAUAAUCUUAAGACUAUCAGCCUUCGGAAGAUCAUCCACGAUGAAAUAAUCCGUCUAAGUUCAAUUCAACUCUCAACAAUCGAAAUACUGGAAUACUCAACAAUUGGAACGUCACUCGUCUCUCACCUCGCGUCAAAGUGAGCCUGAUAGCUCAAUGAAUCAAACGAAGCUUGAAAGAAGAUAACAGACGCGAUUCUGCGGCGCACUGGACGAUCUCUAGCCUUGUUGGAGUAUAUCUUGGGCGAUAUCAGCCGGACCUAAUAUCUUACGAACGAACGGACUUCCCCGGGCAGGCAGGUAUACAGAACACCUCGGCGCAUCGUCGGUCGCCCCGAGGGCGACCGAGUAGACGUAGGCGCGGUUGUUCUUCAGCGACACCCAUGUGGAUACCAUAAUGGCCUCCACAACUCCAAUCGCCGUUGGAGACUUUAUAUAUGCUUGGUGGGGAACGGCACGAUGCGCCAAUCGCAAACGCGCCUGGCACCCUUCACAGGCUUUGCCUUGAGUAGCGCCGACUGUGGCGACUCUCGGAAACGGUGAACCAGGCUCCGGGGAGCGGCUCGGGCUUCAUUAUGUAUCAUUAUACCGGUCCGCGUCGCGCGGUGUGCACUGCAGUUACUGGAACCAGGCGCGCGUGUGUGCUUUUCUCUCCUCUUCUAUACGCCCUGGUCAUCUCGUCGUCUUCUUCUUCUCUUACCUUCUUCGUCCAGUACGUGCGCGUAUACGAGUCGAGCGUGGCACGAUACGCGCUCAUCGGCAUCAAGUGUAAUCGUGGCGCGACGCGCGUAAAAAGCACACCGUCGCCGAGGAGGUGCGCGAGCGGGCGCGCGCGCGUGUCGCGUAGUACGUGUAAUUAAAUCGGGCGCGAGUGUUGAGAGAUACGAAGAAGCGAUAGAGUACAUCGAUCUCUCGAACGGAUUGUUUUUCGUCAUCAUUGCGCAACCACCGUCCGUCGCGCCGAUGUGAUCGCGGACUAUUGGUCGUGGCGGCGUUUGGUGACGCUGGAGCUGCGCUCAAGGACUGUGUCCAAGUGAUUGUUGAAGUGACGUUCCACUACUCGUUGUAACGCGAGUGUAGAGGACCGAUAUGCCGACGGCCUGCUCGCGACGUUGUGACGCAUCUCCGUUUGGAAGCCGAGCGACGAUGAGCUGACGCAUGGCAACCGGACAGUAGCGUCAAUCACGGACUCUCUCUCUGGCUUUGUAAUAGUGCUUUCGCGAAGAGUUCGCGUGUGAAGUGGACAAGUGUGACAAGUGGUGUCCGAGCUAAGAAACGAAAACAUCCGGCUGAGCGACGGCUGAGUGUGAUGGCUCACAUGUAGCAUAGACUGUCGCACACAGUGAAGGAAAGGAACGAAACAUCGUGAUAGUGCAACCUGACGAAAAUAAUUCAGUGCGAACAAUCGAACGAUAUUUACUUUCUACGCAGUAUAAAUUAAAAAAUUCCGAACUAAGAAGGAACAAGCUAUCCGACGGCAGCGGUUAAUUCUCUCGCGAUCCAAUGUCGGCUCGCCGCGUUUAUUCUGACACUUGUUCGACAUAGUCGCACGCGCUCAUCGUGUAGAGUGGCCCCAAGAUUCGGGCCCCGUACGGAGGACGCGCGGCGACGACAACGUCGUCGGCGAGUUUGGCGAAGAUCGUGGGCUGUGGCGGCGGCAUCGACGUCGUGUCUAAGGUGGAGCGUCCGGGCAGCACGACGACGCUCAACUUCACGGACCUGGGGAGCCCAUUCGGGGCGGGCGACCCCUGUCCGUCGAGUACCCCGACCCCGAAUAGUAUGUCAGGCGGUGGUGGACCGACCGGCGGCGGCAGCGGUGGAGGUGGUGGCGGUGGCGGCGGCGGUGGCGCCGGUAACGGAGGCGCCAAUUCUGACAUGGAGCAGCAUCUUCAUCACGCGGGCCUUGGCUCGGUGACGCCUGGGCCACCCGGCGGAAACGGCAGCGACAGCACGACGUCCAGCACGCCGGUUUCCCAAAGCGGCAAAUCCGCCUUCAUCGAGCUCCAACACAAUAACCUUUAUAAUCCGGCGAGUCUUCGGAGCGGUUACCCGGGCGGACACAAUGUACCCGGGGCGCAUCAGUUCUCGCACCAGGUCGGUUCGCUGGCUCACCAAGGCUCCGGGCCUGGCAGCGGCAAUCAGCAGCAUGCGGACGCGGGCUUCCCCAGUCCUAGAUCCGCGCUCGCCGGAUAUCCGUUCGCGCCCAUGCACCAGCACAACGCCUACGGAUAUCACCUGGGAUCGUACGCCCCCCAGUGCCCCUCGCCGCCCAAGGACGACCUCUCGCCAUUAGGUGAUAAAGGCGGUAGCCUCGUCGACGAGCUAGGCGGCGGCGGCGGCGGUUCCCUCAGGAACGGCAAGGGCAAGAAGAUGAGGAAACCGAGGACGAUUUACAGCAGCCUGCAAUUGCAGCAACUAAACAGGCGGUUCCAGAGGACGCAGUACCUCGCGCUACCGGAAAGAGCGGAGCUCGCGGCCAGCCUCGGACUCACGCAAACACAGGUGAAAAUCUGGUUCCAAAAUAGAAGGAGUAAAUACAAGAAGAUGAUGAAGGCAGCGCAGCAGGGCGGAGGUGGUGGUGGUGGCCAGCAUGGCAGUCUUUUAGCGGGUGGAAACGCUCUACCCGGAGGACCAUCCCCUCAACCCGGUCAACCCGGAAGUCUCAUGCAAGGUGGAGGCGGAAGUUCUGUGUCGGGCAGCCCGACGACGGGUUACUUGGGCGGCAUGGGCGGCGGGGGUGGCGGUCACACCCCCGGGAGCUCGAGCCCCGGAAGCGAGAUGUCGCCUCAGCACAACGAGAGCCCGCCGGCACCCUCCUGGCCGGGCGAGAUGAAGCACCAUCCGCAUCCGCACGCGCCCCCUCACAGCCAUCAUCACCCGCACACGCCCGGGCAUCAUCCACCGCCGCCACCACCCCCGCCGCAUCACGCAGGCUAUAUGCCGCAGUACUCCUGGUACCAGGCGGACCCUAAUCCCGGACUACUCACAGUAUGGCCAGCGGUUUAACGAAGAUGUCCCUCGAACUGAAUUCAGGUGAAUCAUCCCUUCGUGGCGCCUUGGACGUAUUCCAGUGGUCUCGCCCCCAAAGUGUGAAUAUGUGUAGCGCCUCUCGUGAGGAAAAUUGAAUGUUAAUAUUGUUUCUAAUUGUCUAACAAAACUCGCAUGCCGGUAUCCGUGCGGGCCGUCCGUCAAAGUGAGUACGAACAGUGCGACAUCGUGUGUGAUACGCACACAUACACACACACACACAUACACACACACACACACACACAUUUAGCGAAGUAUUAAUAAUAAUAAUAUUAAUGAAAUGAAUAAUGUGCAACCACAAACGCCAAUCUUAGAUCGGCAAUGACGCGCUGUCAAAAAAAUGUUUUUCAAAGCUAACGAAGAGUACCGAAUUUCCAGCCAACGUGGACUAGAGCGACGUCGACGGCAAAUCAUAAACGGUUCGGUAUGCAUCGAGUGACUUUUGACUGAUAAGUGACAUUGUUUCGGUGCGCGCUGUUUCGUUGCGAAAAAACGAGGACGUUUUUCUCUCGGUAUGGACAUUGGUUGAAAGAACAAAGCGAUUUCGAGUUAAAUGGUGAAGUAAAUAUUAUAUAAAAUGGGUGAUAAUAUAAUGUCGAUAACAAUAGUUUAUGACAUAAAAUUGCCGAAAAUUGAUCGUUCGUGACGCGAAUGACUCUCUGAGGAAUGACGACGUCACUUUCGUUGGUGGUCUUGAUGUUCGAUUUACAAGUUGGAGGGUACUUGUAACGCUUCGUGUAUGAUUGAGUGAUUAUCACGACUGUAACGCUUUUCGUGUUUGACAAGUAAUCGUUGUCGCAAAAAAAUAUAAAAAUCGCGAGGAAUCUUUUUCCUGGGAAAUAAAAUGGCUUCUCUAUAUGUCUGUUCGUGUCAACCAUCGCAAUUGCGUGCAUCGGAUCUAAUUUGAUUACUACAGUUAAUUAUAAGCAAAGAUUGCCUCCAAAUAAUUGUUUUCAUUGUAAAAAUGUUGUCCAUAAUGUUUGUCAAUUGCGUGAAAUUGCGUAUCGAUUUUAAUCGCUAUAAUUAAUUAUUAAUUAAACAACAAGAGUUACGCGAUACAAUUAUUUUCUAUGAAAACAUAUUGAAUCGACGUUACCGCUACAAUUACCAAAACUAAUCAAAUCACAGUGGAACACAGUUAGGUGUUAAUUGAUUGUAUUUGUACCUAUAUUAGAAGCCUCAAAUCUGUAAUUUAUAGAAAAACAUUCCCUUUACGUUUAAUUAUCAAAAUUAAAUAUUUUCUUAUUUAUUUAAUGCCAUUGUUACAAAAAGUAACGUCUAAAGUUUUAAAUAUUGAGUUCAAUGUUUUUCAUUUAUAAUGUUACUUUCAGACACAAUUAUUCAUAGAACAAAUGCAUAAAAUUUGAAGAAUUCAAGAAUUUUAAUUUAAUUUUGAAUUAAAUUCCUUUGACAUGAAGGAAGGGGAGAGAGUCAUACUGGUGUUGGAUCAGAUCAAUGAUUUAUUAAUAUUAUUAAAAAUUGCUUUGUUAAACACUUAGUCGGAUAUGAUAAAAUAUUUAAACUCGUUCAACUUCUCACUACUCUCAAACUCUUAACGAAUCCCGAUGGUCAUCAAAAAGCGAUAGCAUUAAAUUGGCAAUAAUAUGACAUCUACGAUGAAAAUAAUAAUACGCGAAUCAAUUUUGAGAUCCAUGGCCUAUAUCCGAUACUUGCCUCUAGUAAUUACGUUUAUUUCCAGAACAAAUCCUGACGAAAACAGGAUCAGAUUGAAUGACCUUUUUAUUCAGCUCGAUCAACACAAGAUUUUCGUCACUUUUCUGAAUCAAGCACGAUCGUGCAUCUAAAGACCAAUUUCUAUCUCAUCGUAAAUGUCAAUUGCCGAUGACGUUAGGCGGAUCGAUCCUUUGUGACAGUUGCCCAACAGCUGAGAGCGCAACCGACCUACUUCGUGCCGGUAUUUCGCGCGGUAGAGAUAGAGAGGAACGGCUAGAUUGGCGGAAUCUCUUCGAGAAGAUAAACGUGGAAUGGGAUAGGGGGAAGGGGAGAAGCGGAGGAAAAAGAGAGACAACGUUGCAUAAACUCGUUGAGCAGUCGUUCCUCAAGGCAGUUGGAAGUAAUGAAAUCCUAAUGACAUUUUCGUGAGUCAAACGAUCUCGGCAAUCACGGUGGCUCGCUAUAAUCACCGGUCCCUUCUUCCCGAAUGAGGCAAUCGGCCGCGGCCUCCUCCGAAGAGGAAAGAAGCGCGAGAGAUGACAGCGGAGGAACGACAGUUCGGGAACGAGUUAGAAAAAAAUCGUUAUCUCGUCUAAAGAGUCGCGUAGGACGCUCUAUCGACGUUCGAUUUUAUUAAGAAUUUUGGAAAAUAUAAAGAAGACAUUGCUUGAACUUUCAAGUUGUCUAGAUUGUGAUCUUUUCUGUAAUUCUACAGUUUAAUGCACAAUUUGUUUGAUUUUUUUCAAUUGCAAUAUUUUAUAUACAUAACAAAUCAUUGACAAUUUUUAUUUUGAAAAUAGCUAAUUUUGAAAAUAUUUAUUUAUUUAUAAUCUGUGUACGCAAGGGAGUAUAAUUUUAUUUAAUAUAAAUUAUAUGAAUUGUUUUACAAAUUAAGAAACUUUAAGAAAAUCUAUCACUAAAUUAAAAAGAAUGAUUUGCUGCCUUUCUUUUUUCUUUCAUUGCCGCGGCGAUUAAAUGAUCUAUGCUCGAAUUAGAAACUAGGCAUCCGAAUAAGCUAUCUGUCUAAGCCGGUCAAGUUGCGGGUGAACAAUGCGGCGGUCUGUUUUGCGCUGUUUCUUCUUCGCUGUCCCCCGUCAGCCAUAUUGGGUCACCCUUGCCAUCUUGCGUCGUGCAAUAUCUAGCUUUCCAAGAGGCGACGCCAAACCGCAAAAACGACGGCUGUGGCUUGCAACCGCGGGAAACUGGGAGGGUCGACGGGCCCCACCGCUGACCUAGAUCCACUGUCUCGUCGAUGCAACAAUGGUCGUCUCAUGAGAACGCAUGGUCCCACACGGUUCCUUUCCUUCCUGAUUCUCUGCCUUUUCCUUCGCUCUGAUUGACAGUACCGUUUGGCACAUGUCGCGAUGCGCGCUGAAACGCAUCAAGUCUCGGUUUCGCUCAGCUCGACUCUCAGAUUCUCACAAAAAAAAAAGAAUUAAUAUUCACAUAAGAUUUUAAAACUUUUAAUGGGCUAAUAAAAAUUUAAACUUUUAAUUUUUUAAAUUUUAAUUUUUUUCUAUAACGCUCUAUUACAAUGUAAAAUAUUUCACGCAUUUAAUUCGUAAUUAAAAGUACAUUUACAUGAUCCAAAGUUGCAUCGAAGUCUCGAGACUGAACAAUAAAACCAGAUAUGAGACACAGUAUACAAAUUUGUGUUACAGAUUUAUAUAGAAAUAUAAUAAUCUACGCCGAAUUGUGAAUUAAAUCUCAAAUAAUUGUAUUGAGUGUAUUUUUUCGUCAUACCAGAACCGUACGUUUCCGACGCCGCGUGUCAAGAGUAGAAUCGAGAGUAUAUACGCGAGAUCUCACGUGUAUAUGUAUAUAACGCACUCGUAUAAAUUUUCCUGAGAAUCGACGAAGAAAAAGCGUCGACGCCGCGCGAGUCGAUGCGGCGCGGAAACUCGAGGCGGAUUAGGCUGCCCCAGGUUUACCCCACGGUGCACAAAGAGAACAGUACAAAACUAGUUUUAUGCCCUUCCGCUCGUGUCGACCGCGCUUGCUGUUGAAUGCUACGCGAUUACGUUAGCCCGCGUAAAGGUUCCGCGGGCCGAAAAAAGAGGAAGGCGGGCUGGAAGGUAGGCUACGUUCCGGGGAUCGAUGUCGCUGCGCCGGGGCGACGUUAAAUUCCUACAUCGUGACGUGUAUCGCGUUAUCGUCGUCGUCGUCGUCGUCGUCGUUGUCUUUGUCGGGAUGUGAUGUCGGUACGGGCAAAGGACGCGCGCACCGACGAUGACGAUGAUGAUGACAACGAGAGACGCGGCGAUUCUCUCCCGUAUAUAAUAAUAAGUGCCGUUAGAUUUAACCGCAAGCCGCGCUGCGGAGAACUAGGAGGCACGAGAUGGCCUCCUCGGAUGGGUUCUUGCGUUUUGAUUCGGUGCAAUAAGAAGCUGUAUGCGUAUAUAAUUUAAGACGAAGCUCCCCUCAGUUCCUAAAUUACGUGUAAAGCCGGAAAUGCGGAAAACAGCGUAAAACAAUUGUUAGCGUGGUCGAAGUGACGAGACAUACGUUUUGAUCAAUGUUGUCGAGAUUGAAUUUUCCGGGAAGCUGCGUUUAUUAGAAGAAUAUCUUUAUUUGCAUAAGAAAUCCGGAUCUAUAUAAACUCAAGCAACAUAUUUUUCAAAAUUUUAAGAAAGAGAAUGAUAUACACAAAGGUAGCUUAUAUCUUUUCGUGAAUAUAAAAAAAAAAAACCAUUUGCGAAAAUAUAUACAGUUUCCAGGAAAAUAACUAAAAUUAAUUUCUGCGACGUAGGAAGAUGCUUAUUGGAUAGCUUCGAUGAAUAAAUCGUGCGAAACAAAUCGUGUAACGUAGUGGCAGUUCACUUUUUCCACGCUUUUAUCAAAUACGCGGAUUAUGAUCAGCGCCGCGCGCGAGAAUGAAACGCGAACUUAACACGAUUCUCUCUUUAGAAAGAGACAGAGAGAGAGAGAGAGAGAGAGAGAGAGAGAAUGGUAAACAGUAUAAAAAGAGUCCAUAGAAUUUACUAGCGUUACUAGUCUCGGUGCAAACCAUCGGAGAUCGAUCAGACUCGGCGAGGCCGACAGAUCGAACACCGAACAUCUGUAAAUAUUGCACCGAGGCCCUCUAGCAUGUAAGCCGUAAGUGAAUCUGUGUAAAAUACGAUAUUGUGAUAAGAAUGUAAAGAGAAAUGAGACGAGAACGAGAAAAACAGAAGAAACAAGAGAGGCCUAGAAAAUCGUCUAUAUACAUAUAGGAUAUAACACGGCAGACCCCAAUUUAUCGAUUUUACCGAGUACACCCUUGUACGGAUAUAGAAUAUUACGAGGAACUAAAACACCUUAAUUAUGAUUACUAUUGUGUAUAAAAUAUGAAUAACUAAUUAAUUCAAUUUAAAA